AUGAUAACAACGAGUCAACGGAAACCUAUGCCGGUUUCUAAGCGGAGUACGGGAGGAGAUGCGAUUUAUGUGGACAGAAAUGGAAAUACGGAUGCUUUACCACCACUGAAACCGUCGACGAAAGGCAAUGUUAAAGCCCAUGAUUCGACCGUGUCUAGUGCUUUGCCGAUUGUCGGAGGCGUUCAGGUACAACAGCUGUUUGAAGAAGAAACAAACCAACUGAAUAAGAACAGGAUCGCCAACGAAAUGCAUGGUCUUCCGGCAGUUCAUAGGCCAGCGUCUGUUUCGGGAAACGGAUCGCCAGCGUCGGGAAGAAGACCUAGCACAAAUGGCUCCGGUUCGCUUAAAGCUCGCGGGCUGCCGAUGUCGCCAGAGACGGCAAUGAAACAGUUCAUGCACAAACUAACUAGUUUUGAACAUCAUGAGAUCUUUAAUUAUCCAGAAAUCUGGUUUGUUGGUCCAAACGCAAAGAAACGACAGGGUGUGGUUGGUGGUGCGAAUAAUGGUGGCUACGAUGACGAUCAGGGCUCCUACAUCCAAGUUCCACAUGACCACAUCGCUUAUCGCUAUGAAGUUGUCAAAAUUAUCGGUAAAGGAAGCUUUGGACAAGUCGUGAAAGCCUAUGAUCAUAAAACGCAAACUAACGUGGCGCUCAAAAUGGUCCGCAACGAGAAGCGAUUCCACCGGCAAGCGCAGGAGGAAAUCAGGAUUCUAGAACAUUUAAGAAAGCAGGAUAAGGAAAAUGUUCAUAAUAUCAUUCAUAUGUUAGAACAUUUUACUUUCCGCGGACAUGUUUGUAUGACUUUCGAACUGCUUAGUAUGAAUCUUUACGAGCUCAUAAAGAAGAACAAAUUUCAAGGUUUUAGCCUGCAGUUGGUACGCAAAUUCGCACACUCCAUUCUUCAAUGUAGCGACGCUCUUUAUCGAAACCGUAUCAUUCACUGCGAUUUAAAACCGGAGAACAUUCUUCUAAAGCAGCAAGGAAGAAGUGGAAUUAAGGUGAUUGACUUUGGAUCUAGUUGCUAUGAACAUCAACGCAUUUACACGUACAUUCAAAGCCGUUUUUACAGAGCGCCCGAAGUCAUACUCGGCGCCAAGUAUGGCAUGGCAAUUGAUAUGUGGAGUUUCGGAUGUAUUUUAGCUGAACUAUUAACUGGCUAUCCUUUGUUUCCCGGCGAGGAUGAAGGAGAUCAGUUGGCUUGCAUUAUUGAGCUGUUGGGGAUGCCGCCUCAGAAGCUUUUAGAAACAUCAAAGCGAACCAAGAACUUCAUCAACUCUAAAGGUCAUCCGCGGUACUGUACUGCUACGACGCUUCCCGAUGGUAGUACUGUUUUAACCGGUGGCCGUUCAAGGCACGGCAAAACACGGGGACCACCUGGCUCCAAGAAGUUCACAACUGCUCUGAAAGGCUGUGAUGACUCCCAGUUCAUUGAUUUUCUUCAGAGAUGUUUAGAAUGGGAUCCUUCGCAACGAAUGACCCCCUCGCAAGCCUUACGGCAUCCAUGGCUUCGAAGGCGCUUGCCUCGAGCCCCUGAAUCGAACGAGAAAUCGAGCUAUCAACGACACAAUUCAGGAUCCGGCGUCUCCAAACUGCCACCAGCUGCACCUACUUCGGGAAAAGCAAAGCCACGUAGGCAAAUCGAGGAAAUUUUGGACGAUGGACACAGAGUUAGCGAAUCUGCUAAGCUCAACACAAGAACUGUGCUACCAAAAAUAGUCGGGAGAUAA